UAGUCCGAACGAAAUAGCGAUUAAAUUUCGAGGGUCUGGUAUAAAAAGGGCCAAGCAUCAAAAUCAUGUUCAGUUUCAAAAUCCAAGUCAAGAUGAAAUUACUAAUUGUCCUGUUUGCCUUAAUGGCCGCUGUUUUGGCCAGGCCGCAAGGAGGAUUCGGUGGUCAAGGAGGAUUCGGCCGAAAUCAAGGAGGGUUUGGGGGUCAAGGAGGAUUCGGCGGAAAUCAAGGAGGAUUUGGCGGUCCAGGAGGAUUCGGCGGCCAAGGAGGUUACGGCGGAAAUCAAGGAGGAUUCGGCGGUCCAGGAGGUUUCGGCGGAAACCAAGGAGGAUUUGGCGGUCCAGGAGGUAUCGGUGGUCAAGGAGGAUUCGGCGGCGGACCCGGAGGAUUUGAACACCAAAGACAUCAUGGUCAUCAUGGUCAUCACGAACACCGUGGAUAUUAAAUUCCAGACUUAUAAAAACCAAUUAUGAACAAUAUAAAUAAACAAUCUGUUUCCAAGCCAA